AUGGAUGUGACUUUGCCGAUACCAGAGCUGACUAAUACAUUCAUUCAGGAUGGUUACCUUCGCCGUAACCUAAAGAGAAUCUUGGGUGGCGCAAGAUACGCUGAGGUCGACGAGGACUUGCGAAGGUUCGGCUCGGAAUGUGCUGGGCCUAUUAGGGAAGCUGGCAGGCAGUGUGAACUUCAUACCCCUUAUCAUAUCCCCUAUGACGCGUGGGGGAAUAGGAUAGAUGAGAUAUGGACUUGCCCUCAGUGGAAGAAUAUGCAUAUUAUAGCGGCCCAAGAGGGCCUUAUAGCUCUGGCUUACACCAGACCGUUAGGGAAGGAGCUCUCUCGAGUAUACCAGCUGGCCAAGCUCUACCUUUUCGCACCAUCGAGUGGGCUCUAUAGCUGUCCGUUGGCCAUGACUGAUGGUGCGGCAUUCGUUAUUGAGAAGAGUGAGAGGUAUCGCAAUGAACAACUCGAGGCUGCCUUGGGGCACCUUAUGAGCCAAGAUGGAGAGGAGUUCUGGACCAGCGGUCAAUGGAUGACCGAGAGAGGCGGUGGCAGCGACGUUGGGGCUGCAACUGCUACUACUGCGGUAGAGUCGACUAAUGAGGACGGAGUAUGGCUGCUGACCGGUAACAAAUGGUUCACAUCAGCGACUGAUGCCCAGAUGACUUUCACGUUGGCCCGUACGCCCGACACCAAUGGACGUCUAGAAAUGUUCUACCUACCCGCAAGGGACCAACAGGGCAAGCUCAAUGGACUCAAGAUAGUAAGGCUGAAGGAUAAGUUGGGCACACGGCAACUCCCAACAGCUGAGAUGGAAUUAAACGCUAGUAAGGCGGUCAGGGUGACUUAUGAUGGUCGAGGACUGAGUAUGAUAAUGAACUUGGCAUCGAUCACUCGAAUACAUAAUACUGUAUCGGCAGCAGCUGGCAUGAGGAGGAUCAUACAGCUGGCUAAAGACUACUCUACUAAGAGAGAGGCAUUUGGCCGCAGACUCCAAGAGUUGCCGGCUCACGUUGCUACUCUGGCAGAGUUAGAGGUGGAAGCUCGAGCGGCCUGCUCGUUGUGGUUGGAGAUGGCAAGACUGUUGGGCAAGGUGGAGGCUUCCACUGCUACUGACGAUGAGAUGAUGAUAUUCCGUCUGUUGGUACCGCUAUCAAAGCUGCAGACGGGCAGACAAGCGGUUGAUGUAGCAUCCAAAGGUAUUGAGCUCUUCGGUGGUGCUGGGUUUAUGGAGGAUACUGGUCUACCCUCGCACUUACGUGAUGCCCAGGUGUUGGCGAUAUGGGAGGGUACUAGUAAUGUGCAGGCGAUGGAUGUCCUGAGGGUCAUCACGCAGACUAGAGGGGAAGCAUUAGCUGCACUUAAGCGUAGGUUUGAGUCGAGUAUAGGAGUUGAUCCCAGGGUUACCUCUCUGUUGGACCAGGCGGACCAUUUACUCCGAGAUGAGUUCCCUGAGCCCCUGGCUCUUCGAGCGUCGUUUCUGGUCGCCCGUGGUGUGUGUGGUGGUUUGAUGUUGGAGCAUGGCCGACAUGAGGAAGCUGUGAGGAGUGAUACCAUCGCUGCUGAUCGGUGGUUGAUGGAUACGACAACCGGUGUGAUGCAUGGUGCCAGGAUGCAUGCGGAAAACAGAGCUCUGGUGUUUGCCGAGGAGGAUUUAUCUCUCACUCACCGAGCUGGUAGAGUGUCUGCUUUGUAG